CAGUCAUCUCACUAAUUCAGUGAAGCCACCAGUACUAGUACGGCUCUAAUCAGUUCGCGUUUGCUAAUUAACUCUGCCAUCAUGGCUGGAGUACAUGGACUUGCAGCUGCAGGUCUGGUGGUGCUACUCCUCGCCGCCGUUGCGCCGGCUUUCGCCGUGGACUACACCGUCGGCGACACAUCCGGCUGGAGCAGUGGCGUGGACUACGAUACCUGGGCGAAGAGCAAAACCUUCAGCGUUGGUGACUCGCUCGUGUUCCAGUACAGCAUGAUGCACACGGUGGCGGAGGUGAGCUCGGCUGACUACAGCGCGUGCUCCGCCAGCAACUCGAUCCAGUCCUACAGCGACCAGAACACCAAGAUCGCGCUCACCAAGCCCGGCACCCGCUACUUCAUCUGCGGCACCAGCGGCCACUGCUCCGGCGGCAUGAAGCUCGCCGUCACGGUCUCCGCGGCGGCCGCCACCACCCCCACCCCGACGGCGUCGUCGUCCCCGCCGUCCACCGCGACGCCCGCCACGCCGUCAUCGGACCCCGGCAUGGACACGCCCUCGUCGACGCCGGACGCGACCACGACGCCGACGACGACGACGACGAAGUCGACGGGCAGCACCGGCGGGGCCAGCGGCAGCGAGGCCCGUUCGGUGAUGGGCCUGCUGGUCGGGGCCGUCGGCCUCGCCAUGAUGGGCUAGGCUAGGCAAGAGGCAGUGCUGCUCAUCUUCAUCCAGUUCGGCUAUUAUUUCUCCGCGACGUUUAAUUUUUCCUUAUUAGUUUACGCGCUCCGUGAACUCGUCUUUGUAUUGUACUACUACGACCGCGAUUUCGUAUUGGAACUUUGAUUACUCCCUUUGCAAAAAUACUCCGUAAUAUUAGCACUA